AUGUCGAUCGACCCGAUCAUCACGUUUAAGGCCGGCAUCUGUGACCUGGACACUUCCAGUGACACUCCCAUCGUCAAGCCCAAGACGACGCCCGGCUAUAUCUAUCUCUACUCGGAAGAUGAAUUGGUACACUUCUGCUGGCGGCCCCGGUCCGCUCCUCACACGGAGCCCGAGCUGGAUCUGGUGAUGGUCCCCUCGGACGGAAGCUUUUUGCCCUACAAGCCCGCCAACAACAGCACCCCCACGAACGGUCGUGUCUACGUCCUGAAGUUCUCGUCCAGCUCCCAGCGGUAUCUGUUCUGGCUACAGUCCAAGACCCAGCACGAGAGAGGCGAUGCGAGCUGGUUCAGUCCUCGGGAUCUCAAGCUCGGCGACAUCGUCAACACGUUGCUCCAGGGUGAGGAGGUCGAUGUGGAGGAUGAAAUCGCCAACCUGCCCAGAGGCUCUGGCGGCGGCGAUGAUGACGAGACCAUGGAGGAUGUCGAAGGUGUCGACCAUGACCCGAGUCACAACCACGGCGGGAACAGUGGCGGAGCGGGCCCGGAUGCUACCGGCGGAGAUGUCAGAGAGGAAGGCCAGGAGUCGAGGGAGGGUGGUGCCGACGGCGGAAGAGCAGCAGCUGAUGACUCGGAUCCUUCGUCGGUCGUGCAGAACUUCUUGCAGUCCAUCCAAGGGAAAUCGAGCAACCAAUCCCAGGACCCUGACAGACCAUUCACUACGCUGCAAGAUCUCCUUCCACCGUCCGCUACGUUGCCUUUUGUUGAAUCCGCGGAUGACAAGACCGUCGACAAUCUCCUGAGCUUCCUGCCCCCCACGCUUCUUUUGUUGGCUGCCGAAGUGGACGAAGUGCCUGCCGAGGACAGCGCGGAGCUGGCGUCGGCGGUCAUGGAAUCUCUGGAGCUGUCGCAGAAGAAGGGCAUUCUUCGCAAAGUUCUCCACUCGCCCCAGUUUACGCAGAGCCUGGCGAGUUUGACGACGGCGAUCCGAGACGGUGGUCUACCGAGUAUCAGCGAGGCGCUCAAAAUUCCCGUGGAAAACGGAGGGUUCCUGCGAAGGGGAGGGGUUCCACUGGGCGGAGGGGAUGCUGUCGAGACAUUUCUGCAAGGGGUUCGGAAUCACGUCAAGGACUCGGCCCAGGGCAAUCCGAUGGAGACGGACUGA